AUGUCAAAGAGCUCUCUUUGGAAUUUCGUAUUGUUCUCUUCGACAUCUUGGAGUUAUUCUCUGGCAGUUUCCUUUAAACAUUUUGAAGCUGUUCUCUGUAUUUUUUCUGAAACUCAUCAAGAACUUCAAACAUUACAAAAUAAUUUUUUAAAUCUUCAAACACAUUUUGUAAAUAUUGAUUAUGAGAACUCUGAAUUAGAAAAUUAUAAUAAAAUUUUAGAAGAAGAUGAAAAUGAAAAAGACAAUGAAUUUUUAUUUAUCUCUGAAUACCAAUUACAAAAAUAUCACUAA